CUUUGGCCAGUGAGUGAAUUCCAUACUCAGUCAUGGGAAAUAUUUUUGCUAACCUCUUCAAAGGCCUUUUUGGCAAAAAAGAAAUGCGCAUUCUUAUGGUUGGGCUGGAUGCUGCAGGAAAGACUACUAUUUUGUACAAACUGAAACUUGGUGAAAUAGUGACUACCAUCCCUACUAUAGGUUUCAACGUAGAAACAGUAGAAUACAAAAACAUUAGCUUCACAGUAUGGGAUGUGGGUGGCCAGGAUAAGAUCAGACCACUCUGGCGCCAUUAUUUCCAGAAUACUCAAGGUUUGAUCUUUGUGGUUGAUAGCAAUGACAGAGAACGCGUCAACGAGGCCCGAGAAGAACUUAUGAGAAUGUUGGCAGAAGAUGAGCUCAGAGAUGCUGUCCUUUUAGUGUUUGCUAACAAACAGGACCUGCCGAAUGCGAUGAAUGCAGCAGAAAUCACAGACAAACUCGGACUGCAUUCUCUUCGCCACAGGAACUGGUACAUCCAGGCCACCUGCGCCACCAGCGGGGACGGCCUCUAUGAAGGACUGGACUGGUUGUCCAAUCAGCUCCGAAACCAGAAAUGAAGCCCGAAAAAAAAACCUUCCUCU